UCUCCUUGGUUGCCCUUUCUCUAUCAUAUAUCCCCAAAACAAGCAUCCCUUCUUCUGCUUGGGUCUCGGCCUCGUCCUUCCGGUCCUCGGUACCGGCCACUUGACCUCUUCCCUGCGGCGGCGCACCUUCGCCUAUGUCUCGCCCUAGGCGCGGACAGGGUUGUGUUCUGAAUGCUGCAUUGUGAAAUGUCAUGUCAGAGAAUGCUAUAGAAAGUUAUGCAACCAGUAAAGAUUUAAAUAUUGGAUCAGUAAUGCAAAUGGUAUAGUAUCUGUUUACCAGUACUGUUCGUAUAGGAUGGCUCAUUAGAAGUGAGCAAGCGUCAUGUCAAACCCUCACUGCCUUAAGCACUACGAUCUUUCUUAUGCAAGCAAUAAAGAAGACCGUGUAAUAUAAGAGGGGUACUUGAGAGUUUAAAAUUACCAAAUCUCUCAAGGUUCAACUGUUUAGCAUGGAUAUAAGUGAAGGAAGAACAUUUGGAUGCAGGAAUGUAUGCAGUUCUGAUCUUAAUGAUUUAGGCCUUACAACACAUGUUCCCAAGUCAUCUGAAUUUAUGGGAGCUGAAAAGAUUGGAAGCUAUAUGAAAAAUUCUGUGUUGCAGAAAGAUGUAAAAUCAUAUGAUGAAGUGGUAAUUCCAGAUAAAUCAUAUCUUCAUAGACAUCAAGAUUCUUCUAUAAACUGGGAAAACUACAAGGCAUGCCAUUGUCCAGAUUCAGAAGGUAUUACAUCAGAGCAAAAUCACAUUCCUAUUGAUGGCAUAAAUAAAAAGAUAAAGAGUAAUUUGAAUCAGAGACAAGGGCCUGGUCAUGAUCAAGUGGUUAAUAGAACAAAUGAGUCACAGAUGCCACUAAAAAAAACAGCAUUGAGUUCCCAUCUGACAGCCUUUGCAGCAGGAGGGAUUUGUUUUGAAGCAAGAAGGAUGACAAAAAUUAGUGCUCAAGAGAUCAAAUCUUCUGAAUCUAUUCAAGGCUCACAACCUAUCCAAGAUGAGUUUACUGUCUUGGCUUCUCAUUCAGCAAGAAACAAUUUUACGAAUUCUCCUAUUUACAUCAAAGAUAAAAGAGUUUCUUCAGUAUCUGAUCACAUGAUUGAGGAGCAUUUGGAAAAAGCUAGGCUUGCUAACUUGAAGCAUGAGUUGCACAAUUUUACUAGGCCAUCGAGAGUGACAGUCUCCGAAAUGAAAGAUGAAAAUGAAAUUGCUAAUAGUGAAAGGUGUUCAUGGCCCAAGAUAAAUCAUAGAUCCUUGCAGAAACCAGGAGAUUCAUGGCCAGGCGAUUUUCCUCAUCCAUCUACAGACAGAGAUAAUAAUACUCUGAUUGUCGAUUCAACAGAAACUGGAAAAGCAAAAGGUACCGCCUUGUUUGAAAUGAUAACAGGCCCAACAACAUCAAAGUGCCAUGGAAAACAAUCAGGAGAUUCACUACUUUUGAUUAACUCAAAUGGUAUCAGAGAUGGAGAUGAUGGAGUUGGAAAUGGAAAAGGAAAUGGGAGACAUACAACUGCAACAAGAAAAGAAUCAUCAGCUAAAACUGAGACAAUGGACAUUGAGGUUUGCCAGACAAGAAGCUCUCUAAUAGGCAUGAUUGCUGACAGACAACGGAAGGAUCCUGUGUGCCUCAACGUGAUGAAGCCCCACUAUCCAUUAGCUUCACCAAUCAAACGAACUGUGAGUCGGCAUGCUACUGCUGCUUCCUUAGACAAAACAGGUGGUGUAAGUAACAGAGAACUCAGCACAUCUAGAUCAGAAAGCAUCGAUGCACAUCAAAUUAUUUCUCAAGUUCAGAUGUACAAAAUUUUGAAUUCUAGUAGUAUAGCAGAUAAGCCGAUGGAAGCAGAGCCUUAUGGCAAAUGGCUUAAGCGCCUUGGACCCGACCCUUAUGCUUUUGGCCAUCGUAGUAAGAGAAUGAAAAUCAGAGAUGGCCCCACCGGUGCAGAAAUGUGCAGAUUGUCAAGUAAUGUACACAAUGACAAUACAUCCAGCUCUGACUUGAUGAAGUGUCCUGAGAAGCAACAGAGUUUUGACAGGGCCAAGAACUCACCGAGUAUUCCUGAGUGCUGUUGUGAAUUAUCAGCAAAGACAACAUGGUAUUGGAUUGAAAGAUGGUGUCAUAGAAGUCCUCAGAGAGCCAAAGCUCAGGCAAGUGCUGCUACAACUGGGUUAUCCAAGCCCAGAAGUCCAAAAGUGGUUCCCGAGUAUUUUGAGGGGAAAGAGUUGCCAAGCAUCAGGGCAUUGGCAUUGAUGGGGAAAGCGAUGAACAAUUCUCGGAAGGGUGAAUUUCAGAGAAGGGGAUCAUCUGUGGUGUGGCAUACGGAGGACUUAUGAAAGCUUGGGGGCUUUGGCCUCUUUGAUCUUCUUGUUGGCUUUUGAGGCAAGCAAGCACAAUACGUGAUGGGUACCCAUCCAGUUAUUUGUGGAUCAAACACUGUGGAUGCAGAAAACUACCUAAAUUGGGAGGUUGCAUAGAUUUCACUGUUGUAAUUUUUCAUGUUUACAUUUCCUAUUUCACGUGUGGAUUCAAUUUUUCGGUCAAGUAUUUCCUUAAAACCUCUCGAUUCAAAUUUCAAGAAUGGGAAUUUUUCUCUGCCUAGUUUUUCAGCUCUCGAGAGCCCAGUUUCAGGUGUCGUUGCUUUCAAACUUGAGUCAGGUCUUUUGAUUCUUGAAUUCUUGAAUCAUUUCUUCUUGAAGUUAUAAUAGAUUCCAUGUCAGGUGGCUGAUGCAUUGUU